AUGGCUGGAGGCGUCAAGAAACCCGUCAACAUCUUCAAGCUCAAGGACCUGGGCGAGCCAGCCGGCGCGUUCAACUGGCGACUUUGGUUCGCAGUUGUAUCGUUCGCUCUGCUUGGUGCUGCGCGAGGUAUCGAUGAGGGUCUUAUCUCUGGAUCGUUCAACUCCAAGAAUUUCCAGGAGAAGAUCAACUAUGACACGUACACGACUGUCGAACAGGCCAACAUCAAGGCCAAUGUCUCUGCUAUGGUCCAGCUCGGUUCCGUUGCUGGUGCUCUUAUUGCUUUCUUAAUUUGCGAUCGUAUUGGCCGAAUCUGGGCUACCCGUGUCCUUUGCACACUUUGGAUGCUAGGAAUUGUUAUCUUUAUGGUAUCUGGUGUCAAUGGCAGUCUGGCUGGAGUAUACGCUGGGCGAUUCAUUGCAGGAUUAGGAGUUGGUCAGACACCUGUCGUUGGACCUGUUUAUAUCGCUGAGAUUGCUCCUCCUGCUAUUCGUGGUCUCUGUUCUUGUCUCUUCACAGGUUCUGUCUACAUCGGUAUCGUUCUCGCUUACUUCACAAACUACGGCGCUCACCUGAACAUCGCCGAGGAAUCGCAUAACCAGUGGCUCGUCCCUACCAGUCUUCAUAUCUUGUUCUCCGGCUUGAUCUUCAUCCUCAUGUUCUUCCAGAGCGAGUCCCCUCGUUUCCUGGUCAAAGAAGGAAAGCCAGAAGAAGCUGCUAAGGUUCUUGGACGUCUUCGCCAGCAGCCCGCGGAAGGCGAAUACAUUGUUCGCCAGAUCUCCGAGAUCCAGGCUGCUCUUGACCACGAACUUGAGGCUACCAAGGGUGUCGGCUUUCUCGGCAAGGUCAAGGAGCUGCUCUUUGUCCCCAGCAACCUGUACCGUCUUUACAUGACUUCCAUGGUUCAAUUCCUCUCUCAGUGGUCUGGUGCUGGUUCUAUCACUCUUUAUGCCCCUGAUCUGUUCAAGAUUAUGGGUAUUGUUGGAAAACAGGAGGGUCUCCUUGUUACCGCCGUUUUCGGAAUUGUCAAGUUUAUCGCCGCUAUUAUUUGCGCUCUCUUUCUCGUCGAUGUCAUUGGCCGAAAGCGAGCUCUUCUUAUCGGUAUCACUCUGCAGACAAUUGCUAUGGCGUACGUCGCUGCUUUCCUCACCAAGAUCCCCCAGCUCGGCGUCGACGAGGACUUCGUUCUCCCCGAUUCUGACAAGACUGUUUCGCGAGGUGCAGUGGCUAUGAUAUAUAUUUCAGGCUUCGGCUGGGCUCUCGGUUGGAACUCUAUGCAAUACCUACUUACAGCAGAGCUAUUUCCUCUUCGCAUUCGCGCCCUCGCUACAUCCUGGGCCAUGACACUACACUUCGCAAACCAAUAUGGUAAUUCUCGGGCAGUUCCAAACAUGCUUCUUGCGGUUUCUAAGGGCGGCAUAUCCCCUAAUGGAACCUUUUUCUGCUUCAUGGCUGUCACAUUUUUGGGCGGCCUUUGGGUCUGGUUCUCCGUUCCUGAGACCAGUGGACAGAGUUUAGAGAGCAUGGAUGAUCUAUUCGAGCUUCCUUGGUAUAAAAUCGGUCUUUACGGUAACAAAAACGCUGAGGAGAUCGGUGAGGCUCGUACCGAGAAGCAACGCUAUGUCGAGGAGAGUCACGCCACUGGUAUUGAGCUUGAGCACCAGCGAAAGCAGGGUGUUUAA